CUGAGUGUAUCAUCACAGAGUGGUGAGCUGGGCUGGGUGCAGCCAUCGGGAAUGUUCGUUUGUCGACCCCACAGGCGACGCGGUUGCUUGAUUUUUGCUCUGGAAACUUCCACAACCCCACCGCGGCAAGCACGCAGCGAUCCCAUCCAUGCCCGAGAGAUAUAAUACAUAGGUAGCUCCUUCCGCACUUACAGCGCAGCACUGGAGCACGGCACAGCGGUCGUUGAACGGAAAGAGCCCCCCUCAACUCCCUGCUCCUCCGCCUGUAAAACUACUAAAACCUAAGGUAGCCCCCCUCUCAGCUGCGUCACUCAGCCAAACUAAGCAGUGGCAUCUCUUGCAUCUCCCACCCCUCCAGCUCCUCCAUUCAUCCAUCCCCUCCCAACUUCUGUUCCGCGCCCGCGCCUGCGCCCGCGACUUUCUUGUCUCUUGUCUCGCCCCCGUCCAUCGCAUCUCACGUCACGCACCACCGCAACGCCCCUCCCCUGGGGACCGACCCCUGCAUCGUCCGUCCUUGUUGUCUCUUUCCUCGCGACCCUCAACGCUCAGCCCGCCUCAGAAUUACACCCCGCAUCGAAUCGAAUCGCAGCCCCAGCUCGACAAGCCUCUCGCUUGGCCCUGCGUGCAACGGACGUCCUCGUGGGUCGACGACUGAAACGAGCAUUGGUUUGCCCGCCGUCACGUCACCGUGCGCCCUAGACACGGCCACCCGCCCGAAACCUGUCGCCGUCGACCAGGCAGGUCCCCUUCAUCACCUCGCCCGUUAGCUUCCAGCCAAAUUAUAUACCUCUGCUCGACCCCUCCGUGGUCCGUCACCGCGGUCUCAAAACUUCGACUCUCUCGAUCCGAUCCAUAAGCUCCAACAAAAACGUUCGUAAUGGCUUCCGAGACCGAUACCAAGGCCCGCCCCCGGGUCUUCUUCGACAUCUCCGUCGGUGGCAAGCCUACCGGCCGCAUCACCAUGGAGCUCUAUUCCGAUCUCGUCCCCAAGACCGUCGAGAACUUCCGCGCUCUCUGCACCGGCGAGAAGGGCCUCGGCAAGUCGGGCAAGCCCCUGCACUACAAGGGUUCCAUCUUUCAUCGAGUCAUCAAGCAGUUCAUGAUUCAGGGUGGUGACUUUACCGCUGGCGAUGGCACUGGCGGCGAGUCCAUCUACGGCGCCAAGUUUGAGGACGAGGCGUUCCCCCUCAAGCACGAAAAGCCCUUCCUCCUCUCCAUGGCCAAUGCCGGUCCCGACACGAAUGGCUCGCAGUUUUUCAUCACAACGGUCCCGACGCCCCACCUCGACGGUAAGCAUGUUGUCUUUGGCGAAGUCCUCAACGGAAAAUCCGUUGUGCGCCAGAUCGAGAACCUCCAGACCCUGUCCGGCGACAAGCCCACCAAGGAUGCCGUCAUUGCCGACUGCGGCGAGCUCACGGGGGAUGCCGCCCUCGCCGCCGACAUCAAGCAGCCCGAUGCCAUGGGCGACCCGUACGAGGACUUCCCCGACGACGUCAACGAGAAGCUCGACGCCAACAAGAUCCUCAAGAUCGCCACCGACUGCAAGGACUAUGGCAACAAGGCCUUCAAGGCGGGCAACUUCAGCCUGGGGCUGACCAAGUACGAGAAGGGCCUGCGCUACCUCAACGAGGACCCUGACCUGGACGAUGAGCCGCCCACCACCAAGCAGAGCCUCGACGCCGUUCGAUUCUCGCUCAACAGCAACUCGGCCCUCCUCAGCAUCAAGCUGGAGUCGUGGGACGAUGCCGUCAGGUUCGGGACCUCGGCCCUCGCCGUCGCCAGCACCGCCGACGCGGACCGCGCCAAGGCGUACUACCGCCGCGGCUUCGCCUACGUGCGCAUCAAGGACGAGGAGGCCGCCAUCAAGGACCUCGAGGAGGCGCUUCGCCUGGCCCCCGGCGACGCCCUCGUCUCCAACGAGCUGGCGGCGGUUAGGGCCAAGGCGGCGGCCCGGGCAGCCAAGGAGAAGGCCGCGUAUAAGAAGUUCUUUUCGUAGAGCCGUCGAGAAGCAUCUCUGGUUAUUAUUUUUGUCCCUGUGUCCCCAACUCUUCUCCUGCUUUGACAUGUCAUUGGUAGCAUAGCGCGGACCGGGGUCGUGGAGCGAAGGGGCCUGCAUCUUGGGGAUGGAAAAUACUGGGGUGAUACGAUAAAGAAUAAAAAUAAACACGAGAAAUUACACCACAAAACGCCAAAAGACGAAAUAGGGAGAGACAUGAUUUGUUGUUCGUUGAUGUUCUCACCAUCAAAGUUGUUGACAGAUUUGUGACGCAGAUUUCAUGGGAG